AUGAGCAACACAAAAGAACAAAGAAUUCAAGAUAUAUCAUUAUUAGUUAGUGAUUCAAAUUCAAAUAGAGAUUUAGUUGAAACAACAAAUAUAAAGUUAAUAGAACCAUUUUUUGAGGCAUUAUUUUCAUUAGAUGAUACAGAAUAUUGGCUAAAAGAACAAGCAGUUAUUUCAUUAAAUCGAUUAAUGAAAACACAUCGAGUUGAUAAGAAUUCAGGGGUUAUUAGAGAAAGUUCAAUGUUUUAUGGACAUCUUGAAGGGUAUAUUGAAGAAAUUAAAAAAAUAAUUACAGAAACAAAAAAAAGUGAUAAAAAAGAAGCACUUGCACAAAAAUAUAUAAUACAAAUAUGGAGUGAAGCAGUAGGAUGGAUAGUACAUUCACAUCAAUAUAAUAUUAUUAAAACACUUUAUGAAAAAGGAGUUUUAGAAGCAGUCAUUAAGAAAAUGACAUUAGAAGAAUAUAAAGAAUCAACAAUAAUAAUUAAAGCAGGAACAAGAAUAAUUAUAGAAUUAAUUUCAAUGGAAUUAAAAGAAAUUGUAAUUGGAAUAAUUGAAAAAAGUGGAAUAAUGGAAUUUAUUAAAAAAAAGAUUGAAGAAAAGAAUCAAGAAUUUAAAACAUUUUGUAAUGAAAUAAUAUUUAAAAUGCAAGAAAAUAAAGAAUAUGAAAAUAUUUUAGAAGAAGUAGGAUUAAAUAGAGAAGAUAUAAUUAAAGAAGUAAAUGAAUGUCAUGAAGAAAUAAAUAAAGUACUUAUGGAAGCAAGUGAAACUACAGGAGAAAUUGAAGAAGAAAUUGAAGAAGAAGAUUACGGAUAUGAAGAAGAAGAAGAUAAUGAAGAAAAUGAAGAAGAAGAUGAUGAUAUGACAGCACAAAUGGAAGACUUUUUUGAAGAAAUUAAAAAUAAACCAGAAAUGUUAGAAGAAAUGGAAAUAGAUUCAUCAAUUCCAGAUAUGAAAGAUGAACCAUUAAUGCCAAAAGAUUUACCAGUAUUUAGUAAAAAGUUUGAACAUUUGUAUGAUGAAAUUAAUCGUCAAGAUAAUUUGUUUGUUUAA